AGAAAAAGGAAAACAAACGGCGUGCAAGUUUUCCCGGCGAGUGCCGAUUAAAAAUUACGUCUUUUCCCUGUUUCCAGCAAGUUCGAGCAAAAUGAAGCGAAAAUCCGAGGGAGGAAACAAAAAACCGUUUCAGCGACCAAAGCUGGAACUGGUGUUUGAUCCCGAGAAACGAGCAGAAUUCCUUGGCGGAUUCCACAAACGCAAGCUCCAUCGGCGGAAGAUAGCACAAGGAGUGCUGCAGCGAAGGCUGAAAGAGGAGAAGAAGCGCAUCCGAGCGGAAGCGAAGGAGAACAUGCGUAAGCUGUACCAGUCCCAGAAACCCAUCCCGGAGCUGGCCGAUCUCGUGAAAGAUGGGGAUGAGGAUGACCAGGAGGAAGAGUAUGAUACGGAGAAUGUGACCGUGAAGGUCGUAGAACUGUCCACGAGUGCGUUGGCAAAGGAGAACAACUGGAUCGGGGAGAAUCGAGGUGCUGCCCUGGCACAAGAUGAGGCCGACAAAGAAAAUGGACAGAGCAGCAGCGAAGGGGACGACGAGGACGACGAGGACUACCGCAAGCGGAUAGGUGUGGUCCCGGGCAUGGAACUGGAGGGAGAAAAGAAGAUCAAACACAAGUUCACUCCAUUUGUCGAAACGGAGGACGCCGAUGAAGGUGGAAAGCGAAAGAAACCGGCCACAGAAGAGAAACCAAAGCAGAAGAAAGGUCCGGUACUGAACCUGGAAGGCAUACGCUCGAAGAAGGAACUGAAGCACAAGCUAAAGCGGUACGCUUUGAAAUCCAUGAAGUCAAGCCAAGCGUUCCGCCAGAAGAACCGCCUACAGAAGCAGAAACAGUUGAAGCAAUCCCGUCGCGUCCGCCACUUCAAGGAGAAACACCUCAAACAAAAGAAGGGCUACCGUCGUCCGACGGCCGGCGGUGGUGCUGGAGGCCGUGGAGAAGGUCGACGAAGACGAGUUGAUGAUUGAAAAGGGCCAAGUGUGAAUGUUUUCCAAUAAAAGCGUUCGAAGCG